AUGGCUGGCUGGGGGGCUUUCCCCUCCCGGGGGGAGGCUCCCAUCCAGCCCCAGGGAGGGGACUGGCAGGUUUGGAGACUGGACUCUGGUGACGCAAUGGAGGGACGGGGCCCGUCCACUGGGGGAGAUUUUUCUGCCCCCCCAGCCAACCCUGCAGGGGGAGCCCCGGACCCGGGCUCUGAUGGGCCGGGGGUGACAGAGCCAGCCCCCACGCUCAGCCACCCCUGCCGCUUCUUCUUGGCGGGUGGUUGCCGCUUCGGCGCCCGCUGCCGGAACCCCCACCCCGGCGCCCCGCCUGCCGCCCCCCAGCCGCCCCCCGAGCCCCCCAGCAAGAAGCCCCUUGAGCCCCCCAGCAAGAAGCCCCCCAUGAAGACAGCAGGGGACGUCGUCUCCCGCAUCCUCUGGGACCGCCAGCUGCCGCCCGGUGAGUUCACCGUGGGCCACCUGGACCGCUUCUGUGGUGUGCGGGAAGACGCCUUUACGGCCUUCUGCUGGGAGGACCUGGCGUCGGUCGGGCCGGAGGUGCUGGCCAUACCCCAGCACAGGAUCCAGUACUUCAAAUAUCGCGGCCGCGUGGUGUGGGACAAAGCCAGCCGGCUGGACGACGUUUUCGGCUCCACCGGGGGCGGCCGGACCAUCCUGGAGGUGAUGGAGGAAGAGGCCGGGCGCCAAGAGGCCGCGGGAAUGGGGGACGGCGGAGCCGGGGUGCCGGAGGAGGCUGUAGCUCCGGAGAACGAAGAGGAGGAGGAGGAGAAGGAGGAUGUGGCUGAGCCAGGCGCUCAGAGCUGCCCCCCAGCAGCCCCCCGGCCUCCCCGCCCCACCCAUUUUGUGGCCGUGCGCAUCACCAGCCCGGAGCUGCGGGGUUCGGUGGCCCGGCUCCAGGAGGCCCUGAGCCAGGCUGACCCCACCUUGGCCGAGUUCUGCACCCCACUGGCCACCCUCCACCUCACCCUCUGCCUUCUCCAGCUAGACGACGCUGGCAAGAUGCAGGCGGCUGUCACCGCCCUGCGGGAGCUGCAGGCCGAGCACCGGCGCCUCCUGCCCCCUGCCCCGCUCCUGCGCUUCCGGGGCCUGGGCACCUUCCGGGGCCGGGUGCUGUACGCCGCCCCCGCGCCCGGCCCGGAGCUGGCGGGGCUGGCCCACGCCCUGGAGCAGGGCUUUGCCUGCAAGGGGCUGACCGUCGUCCCGGCCCACGAUUGUUUCCAUCUCACCGUGGCCAAGAUCCCGGCGGGUGGGGAGCCGAGGCUGAGCCUGCCCCCGGAGCCCCCCGGGGAGGAUCUGGGGACCCAGGCGGUGGAAUCGCUGUGUCUGUGCCAGGUGGGCGGGGGCAGACGGACCGAUGGGUUUUACAGCACCCUCGUGGAGCUGGAUCUGUACUGA